GGAACUUCCGGUUAUGAGUAGCCGUGAAUUACAUUACGAAGCGGUCUUGGUAGGCGACGGCGGAGACUGGUUUUUCCCCCUCACCUGCAGAAUCUGAAAGGGGAAAAAAUGUCAUCCGAUUCCAGCAAGAAACGGAAGCCCAAGGUUAUCCGCACAGAUGGAGGACCACAGGAGGGCAAGAGAAGCAGGCCAGAUGCUGACCAGGAUGCCAGAUACUACAGCGAGGAGGCAGAAGUUGAUCUGCGAGACCCCAGUAAAGAUUAUGAACUUUACAAACAGACUUGCCAGGACCUUCAGAAGCUUAUGGCAGAGAUCCAGGAGCUGAAAAGCAAAGGCAACAAAGACAGUGCUGCUGAGAUAGAGGAACGUCGCAUUCAGAGCUGUGUGCACUUCAUGACCCUGAAGAAACUCAACCGUUUAGCUCACAUUCGAUUAAAGAAGGGAAGGGACCAGACUCAUGAGGCCAAACAGAAGGUGGACGCAUAUCACUUGCAGCUACAGAAUCUGUUGUAUGAAGUCAUGCACCUGCAGAAGGAGAUCACAAAAUGCCUGGAGUUCAAAUCCAAACAUGAGGAAAUUGAGCUGGUGAGCACUGAAGAGUUCUACAAAGAAGCCCCUCCAGAAAUCAGCAAGCCGGAGGUCACAACUGAUGACCCUCACCAGCAGACUCUUUCCCGUCUCGAUUGGGAGCUGGAGCAGCGCAAACGGUUGGCAGAGAAAUAUAAAGAAUGCCUAGCCAACAAAGAGAAGAUUCUGAAAGAGAUAGAAGUGAAGAAGGAAUAUCUGAGCAACCUCCAGCCUCGACUCAAUAGCAUUAUGCAGGCUUCUCUCCCUGUCCAAGAGUACCUCUCACUACCUUUUGACCAGGUGCACAAGCAGUACGAGACAGCCAGGCACCUCCCACCGCCUCUUUACGUUCUCUUUGUCCAAGCUAGUGCCUAUGGCCAGGCCUGUGGUGAGUCUUUUUAAUUACUGGGGGAAUGUGAUCUCCAGCC